UGAACUAAAUCACGCUGGCAUCGCUGCCUCGUGCGUGAUCGUGACACGGACAGGCGUCUCGUGGGGGCCGUCUGUUUUCGGCUGGUCUUCUGAGUCCUCACGCAGAUUCCGCCCGUAGCGCGCUGCCGCUGGAGGUGUCGCGUUCUAUCCCGUUGUCUGCGUCAUGGGGCGCACGUUGACGGCCCUUGCCGCCGCAGCUGGCCUCCUGCAGCUCGAUGCGGCUACCGCAUUCCAGCUCCCGCUGGGAGCACGCUCUAGAGCAACAAGGCCAGUACAACAGGAACGGGUAAACGUGACGCCGUUCUCGGCGCGCCCCCGUUCCGAAGGCGCGUUGCGCAUGACCGUGGCCCCGGAAGGGCUGGACUCCCUAGGCAAGGCCAAGGAUCCGACGGAGGCUGCAGCCACCCCUGACGGCAAGGACGCGUCGCCGGCGGCUGCUGGGGAGGAGGGGGAGAAGCAGGAUGUCAGCAGCAGCGGAGCUGCUGCAGCGCCGAAGCCUGAAGCCCCGCCGGAGCCUCGGGUCGUGGACGAGUCGAACUUUACGGAGCUGGAGAAAGCCUUUGCGGAAGCGAGAAGGAGAAGUCUUGCUCAGGCAGCCGAAGUCAAGAAGGAGCGAAACCCGCCGCCGCCUCCGGAAGAGGAGGAUGGUGCUUCCGAUACGAAGAAGCCGGUGGCGUCCGAGGGUGGCGCUGCGGCAACCCCUGAGGCGAAGCCUGCCGCCGCUAAGCCUAAGCCCGCCACCAUCGCACCCGGCAAGACCGAGGGUGCCAAGAUGCGAACCACCGCCGGGACAAAGAAGCCGCCGAUGAUGGUGAAGGGUACCCCGCCCAAGGAGGCCGAGGUGAUCAAGAUCAAGUCCACGCCCAAGGCUCUCAGGGAGGAGGUUGAGGCGGAUAAGAGCACGGCAGAAAAGCCCAAGGUCGCGAAGAACGCGCCUGUCGCGGAGAAACCGGCUGCUGCUGGUAAGCCUAAGAAGGCGGCGACCCCUGCCGCGGCGAAGGGAGGGGCGUUCAGCCUUGGAGCCGAAUCGCUGGAAGAAUUCUUCGGUCUGACCAAGAAGCCGCGCCUGGUCUCGACGACCACGCCGCCGUCCGAUGAGCCCGAGCCGGCUCCGAUGGCCGAGCUUGACCCCACCGCCGUGGAGGCCAUGAUCAAGGACAACGGCCUCAACGAGGUUACUCUCAAGGAAAACUUCCGCAAGAUGGAAGCCGAAGCUAAGGCUGCCCAGGCAAGCUCCUCCACUCCCGCGAAAACGCCUCCCUCCAAGGAGGGCGCCAAGGCCACCGCCGCCGCCGCUGCCGGCGACGGCAAGGUCUCGGCGGAGGAGGCUAAGAAGAUUGCCGCCGCGGCGGCUAAGGAUGCGGUCGCCCUGUCGCCGAACCCGAUCGUGGACCUGCUGUCCUCCGCGUUCAACUUCGACAAGUUCGACCCUGAGGAUAAGCCGGGACCCCCGAUGGCCGGCAGAAAGGCGGAGGAGCUCAGGGCCGCUGCUCUGAACGCCGUCAAGGAAGAGAAGGAGGAGACGACAUCGCCGAAGGCUGCUGCUCCUAAGGCUGUCGCUCCUAAGGCUGUCGCUCCCAAGGCUGCCGCUCCUAAGGCUGCCGCUCCGGCGAAGACGCCCACAAAGGCGAAGCCGGAGGGCGGUCUUGGAGGCCUCCUGGGCGGCAUGUUCGGCACGGACCAGCAGGGCUCUGAUAAGACGGCCGCGGCACCGAGGCCCAAGGUCGUCGCCCCGCCCAAGGCCAAAGCCGCCGCCCCCAAGGCAGUCGCUGAGGAGGAGGGGGAGAAGGAGGGAGGUCUCGCGGGCGUGCUGAGCGGGAUGUUCGGCGCCCCCGUGUACGACGACGAGGUGGACACCAUCCCCAAGAAGACUUCCGCCGCCCCUCGCGCGAUGCCGGUGUUCGCCCCGCCCCCGGCGCCGGCCAAGGCUCCGGCGCCCGCGCCGCCCAGCAAGAAGAAGGACGCCGCCGCGCCGUCUUCGUUCCUCGACGGCCUCUUCGGUGGCGGCGGCGAGAAGAAGACGUCGACGCCGCCGCCCAAGGCUAAGGUUACGCCGCCGCCGGCCUCACCGGCGCCGACUCCGGUCGCCAAGAAGCAGGCCCCGGCGCCGCCCAGCAAGAAGAAGGACACCGCCGCGCCGUCUUCGUUCCUCGACGGCCUCUUCGGCGGCGGCGGCGAGAAGAAGACGUCGACGCCGCCGCCCAAGGCUAAGGUUACGCCGCCGCCGGCCUCACCGGCGCCGACUCCGGUCGCCAAGAAGCAGGACCCGGCGGCAGCCUCCUCGAUGUUCGACGGCCUCUUCGGCGGCGGUGGCGGCAGCAAGUCUCCUGCGGCGAAGGCGCCAGCUGCAACCAAGAAGGCGGCGCCGGCUCCUGCGCCGGCCGCCAAGCCGAAGGCGAAGCCGUCGCCGGCGCCGUCAAUGUUCGGAGGCAUGCUCGGCGGCAGCGGCAAGAAGGAAGCCAAGGCCGCCGCCCCGGCGCCCGCCCCCGCGCCGGCGCCGGCGCCGAAGCCGGCGCCGGCGUUCAAGAUGUUCGGCAUGGGGGGAGGAGCGCCAGCGGAAGCGAAGAAGGCAGCGCCUGUACCCAAGGCCAAGUCUCCCGCCGCCAAGAAGGCCGCCGCCCCGAAGCCGACACCAGCGAAGAAGUCUCCCGCUUCUUCUGGAGGAGGCAUGUUCGACUUCUUGGGCGGGGGAGCGGCGACCAAGAAGGAGGUCGCGCCGCCUCCCGCGCCCGCUCCCGCGCCGGCGAAGGCAAGCAGCAACCCGUUCUCUGGCCUGUUCGGCGGUAGCGGUGUUUCAGGGACCAGCGCGAAGAAGAAGCCGAAGCGGCAGCCGGCGCCUGCGCCCCCUCCGGCACCCACGCCGAUCGUGUCCCGGGUGAAGACGAUGGAUGACUCGUUCCUCAGGAAGGUUUCGGUGAUGCUGAGGCGCAACCAGAGCAAGAUCAAGAAAUUCCAGCAGCUGACGGACCGCUUCAGGGGGGGGCUGAUCAAGGCGCCCGUAUACUACGCUGGGGUGGAAGAGCUCUUCGGAGAGGACAACGUCGAGGAAAUCAUCGGCCCCCUCCUGGCAGCGCUCCCCGAAAACGACAAGCGAAAAACCCUCCAGGCCGUCUACUCCAAGGCGCAGAGGGCGAAGAACGGGGAGGGCGAGUCGGACGGGGGAGGCAUUGCUUUCCUCUUCGGCGGCUGGGGGGGCAAGUCCAAGACGGACACCGCUGUUGAGCCCGCGCCGGCGCCGGCGCCGGCGCCUGCGAAGAAGGGCAGCAUGAAGAAGCCGGCGGCGGGAGGGAAGAAGCCGGCAGCUGCAGCGGCGGAUCCGUACGCGUUUGCCGCGGCGAAGCUCUCCGGCAAGGACUACGAGCUGUUCAAGGCUCGCACAACGUUGUAUGUCAGGGGGGGAAUCAACGCUAGGCAAGAACUACUACGACACGUUAGUCGCGGUCUUCGGCGCCAAGGGGGUUUCCGCGCAGCUCCCGGCGUUACUCGAGACGUUGCCGCAGAACAAGCGCAAGCUGCUUCAGGACGUCGUUGACGGGCUGUCCAAGUAGGGUGGGUCCGUCCCUUCCGGGCAGUCGCUCACUCGGUCUUGUUGACACUGAGUAUCAAUCAAAGCACCUAGAUCUAUUGUGGUGGUUUGGUCCCCGCAUGUUC